CGGGCCCCGCCACCGUCAUGGGCGCGCUCGGCGCGGGCCGCUUACUCCUCGGAGCUGUGAGCUGUACAUUCUUCCUGGCAGUUAACAGUUUAUAUUCCUCCAGUGAUGAUGUGAUAGAGCUAACACCGACAAAUUUCAACAAGGAAGUCCUUCAGAGUGCCAGCUUAUGGCUGGUAGAGUUUUAUGCACCGUGGUGUGGUCACUGUCAGAGACUCACUCCUGAAUGGAAGAAAGCGGCCACAGCAUUAAAGGGUGUGGUGAAAGUAGGUGCAGUGGAUGCAGAUAAGCACCAGUCGCUAGGUGGUCAAUAUGCUGUUAAAGGAUUCCCAACUAUCAAGAUAUUUGGAGCCAACAAAAACAAAGCGGAAGAUUACCAGGGGGGUAGGACAAGUGAAGCUAUCGUUGAUGCUGCAUUAAGUGCUACUCGAUCUAUGGUAAAGGAGCGUCUCAGUGGUAGAAGUGGUGGAUACAGUUCUGGAAAGCAGAGCAGCCGAGAAAAUGGUGACACGGAUAAGAAGGAUGUGGUUGAGUUGACUGAUGACACCUUCGACAAGAACGUCUUAAAUAGCGAUGAUGUCUGGCUGGUGGAAUUUUAUGCCCCUUGGUGUGGACACUGCAAAAAUCUGGAGCCAGAAUGGGCAGCUGCUGCCACAGAAGUGAAAGAACAAACUAAGGGCAAGGUGAAGCUAGCUGCUGUGGAUGCCACAGUAAAUCAGAUGUUGACUGGUCGAUAUGGGAUUCGUGGAUUUCCUACAAUUAAGAUCUUUCAGAAAGGAGAAGACCCUGUUGAUUAUGAUGGUGGAAGAACAAGAGCUGACAUAGUUACUCGGGCUCUGGAUCUAUUUUCUGAUAAUGCCCCAGCACCUGAGCUGCUAGAGGUCAUUAAUGCAGAUAUUCUGAAGAGUACCUGCGAAGCUCAUCAACUCUGUAUCAUUGCUGUCCUGCCUCAUAUUCUGGAUACAGGAGCAUCGGGUAGAAAUUCCUAUUUAGAAGUCAUGUUAAAAAUGGCAGAAAAAUACAAAAAGAAAAUGUGGGGGUGGCUGUGGACAGAGGCUGGAGCUCAGUCUGACCUGGAAAGCUCCUUAGGAAUUGGAGGAUUUGGGUACCCAGCAAUGGCUGCAGUUAAUGCUCGGAAGAUGAAAUUUGCCCUUCUGAAAGGAUCUUUCAGUGAACAGGGAAUUAAUGAGUUUCUCAGGGAACUCUCUGUUGGCCGUGGGUCUACAGCACCAGUAGCUGGUGGGGCUUUCCCUAAAAUUAACACAGUGGAGCCUUGGGAUGGCAAAGAUGGAGAGCUUCCAGUUGAAGAUGAUAUUGAUCUCAGUGAUGUGGAUCUUGAUGACUGGGAGAAAGACGAAUUGUAAAAUCUUUAAGUUUCUUGAGAGAGUUUGUGCAGCAGCUUGGUGGAACAUGGUUCACAAUCAGAUGGAUAUUCCAGUGGCCUUUUCACAGAGAAGUAGCACUUGACCAGCUCUCUGCAACAGUGAACUGUACACAUCGUGAGAAAACUGUGCAAAAAUUCUAUGAAUUGUCAUAACAGUAAACUUGAUUGUAUUCUGUGCAACACAUUUUAAGGACAACGUGAAUCUUUCUUUGGAUGUCUUGGUUUUUAUUUUGUUGAUAUGGUGUGUGCUGUUUGAAUGUUUAUCAGGGUCUGUUACUGUAACCAGUUUUAAAUGCGACUUUCUUUCAUUCAGAUGGAACUUGAUCAGUUUCUGUUUCGAUUUAAUGAAUAAAACUAAAUAUUUUUGAGACACAGUGUUAGUUUUGUAUGGAGAAACAAGGUGCAAAUGAUUAAAGCCAUCCAGGUUCUGACGACUGUUGUAAAGUGAAUAGAAAAGUGAAACAGUGCUAUAAGGCAUCUUAAAUUAUCCAAAUGCUAUAUAAUUUCAACAAUUUUGGCCUAAGCCUAGUUGGACUAGAUGUUUUAGUUUUAAAUGUGCUUUCUAGUCUUCCUUUUCCUCCUAUUCUCAGGGUUUUCAGCUUCUUGGAAACAUGAUCCUGCACGUUUGAUCUUGUUAUCUGCUACCAAGGAAGUAGAAUCACCUUUUGACUGGUGAUCUUCUUUGCAAGGAAAAUGGAAGAUGGGAAGAUAAGUGCUACUGAUUCACAAGUCUUUCCUGUGUUGGUUGUGAGCCAGCAUCCCACUAGGUUGUGAGGGAGGAGUCAGUGGGCUGCCCUAGAUGCUCUGCACAGGGGAAGACCUGAAGCUGAUGCAGAAUGAUCUCUUCAGAGGAGUUGUGGUGUUAGUGUUCAUCUUCCUGGCUGGAUUUCAGCUUGGAUAAUUAUGUUCUACCUUCUUUAAAUUUCCUCUGCGUUUACCACUGGGUCAGGGUCUUAGUCUUCACUUCCCAUCAUACGUUGUUUAAAAUAAUGAUUUUACCCCAAGGUUAGCCACAUUUUGGGGUUGGGCACAGAUUUUACUGUUUGUAAAUUGAAUAUUGUAAAAGACCAUAGGGGUGAUUUAAAAUGCUAAACAAACGUAACGUAAUUGACAUAAGAGAAAUUACAGUAGUGUCUGCCAAAGUUAUCCUGCAAGUCACCAGUCUACUUGCAAGAGAAGGAGAUGCUGUAGCUGAAAGCUCCUUCUCCCACGGGUAAAUUUUGUAAGAUGAUUCCAAACCCAGUCAUGUCUAUAUGGUCUUGUGCUUUUUCUUACUGACGAGCUGAAAGGAUACACUAGUCAACUGGUCCAAAUCACAAUAGUUAUGAAAACAUUCUUGUUUAGUCUCUUGUUUUAGACUUCAGAUUUCCAGUGAACCAUUAGUAAUGAUUAACUUGGUGUCGGCUACAAUUUUCCAAGUCGCUUAGAAAUGUAAAUCAUGUUUUUAAAAGUGACUUAGGCAUUUAGGAGCCUUUUAAAAAUGUCACUCAUGCUUUUUACUCUUAUUUUGAGGCUAAAAAACAUGAUUUCUUUACUCUUGCUGGGUUUCUAUCAUCUGGCACUAGUCAUAUUUCAAAAAUUCUAUCCUGUUACAAAUCAUGACUGUAGAUUACUAGCUAAUCCAGUAACUGCUAAGCUAUUUUUAACUCUUUAAAUUUAUUUUAAAUUUCCAUAAAGAUGAUGUUUCCUCCUUUGUAACUAACAAAAAUAAAUACAACCAUGACACUU